UAAAUCCUCACUGAAAGUUAUAAAAUUUGGUCUGUUUUUUUUAUUUAUAAAUUGGUUUUAUUUUAAUUAUCAACUGGAAAGAUGAUUUAAUUUGAAUCACCUGUUUUAAAGCAAUACUGCUUGUGAUACCUGUUCUACAUCUAUAAGCCAAUAAAUGUUGGCUACAUAUUUAAUUAUCUUGAUAGCAACAAUCAACUAAACUAUCAACAUAACUUGUUUUCAUCUUUUUCAUUUUUCUUUCUCUUCUUUCCCUAUCUUGCCUUGUUCUUCCUUUUUCUGAUUGCCUGAAUAUUACCUGUUUGCCAAUCUUAUAAAACUGUCAACACUAAGGAGUUACAAAUAUUUUUGUUGUGCGCCGUAUUAUUUUAGUAUUGUUUAAUAGGAAAGCCUAUUUUGAGGCUUAUCUUUGCUUGUAAUUUUAUCAUUAUUAACGUUUAAAAUAGGAAAGACACGAAAAGCCAAAAUUAUGAAAAGUAAACAGUUGAACAAAUCAUCCGUUCCGAUGAGUACUAAUAAAAGUGAUGCUGACCUAUUACGCCGUGAAAAAGAGAUGGAGCUGUCUUCAGUUGGUGACCGCGUAUACGCAGCCGAAUGUAUUCUUAAACAAAGGAGUAAGAAAGGUAAAACCGAAUAUCUUGUAAAAUGGAAGGACUAUUCACCUAGACACAAUACAUGGGAACCCGAGGAAAACAUAUUGGACGAAAGGUUAAUACAAGCCUUUGAGCAAGCUCAAAAUGAAGGUUACAAUUCUUCCUCAGGCCAUCAUCAUCACCAACAGACUUCAUCUAAUUCGCAUUUACACCAUCAUCAUGAUCAUCAUAGUAAUUCACAUAAAGAUAAAAAAGAGGAUAAAGAGAAAAGAGAAGAGAAAGGAAAACGAGAGGAAAAAGAGAAAGAUGCGAGUAAACAAAGCAGUAGAGUUACUAGUAAUAGUAUGGCAACUGCGGCAUUAUCGACUCCCGUGAACACUGCAACUACUGGUAACUCUACAUCUGUAUCAUCUUCAAUUGGUGGAGUUGAUAAUAAUAAAUCAGAAAAAGGUCAAGAUAAAAAAAUUGAGGAAAAAGAAAAAUAUAAAAGAAAAUUAUCAUAUGAUAAUAGUGAUCAUGUUUCUAGUGAGAAAACAGUGCGUAACUGUUCACCCCCUCCUGAUUUCUGGAAAAAACAAAAUAAGCUUGUUGACCAGAUAUUAAUUACUGAUGUCACAGCUAAUGAUAUGACCAUAACUGUGAGAGAAUGCAAAACUCUUCAUGGGUUUUUCAGAGAAAGGACCAAGAAAAGUAUCGCUGUUGCCACGGAACCUUCUGAUGUACCAUUACCACCAAUCCGAGUCUCACCUGGUAAUGCAUCUUCAGUCAAAAAGAUUAACCCUUAAAACUAUAACAAAUUCCCGCGGAAAUAAAAUGGAAUUAUGCUAAAAUUAUGUCAAAUAUAUAAAUUAAAAGAAAUUAUCAACUUAAUAAAAUCGUUUUCAAUGAAUGUUCGAUUUAAAGUAA